AAAAAACACCAACCACGAAGCUGAUAUCAACAGCAAUUCAUUUCUAUCCUGUUCUUCUGCCGCACCCACCCGGCCACCGCAAGCGACAUCAGCCCGGCAGCUAGUUUCAGUCUACCACGGGCAUGAGCUCCGAACCCGACCAGGUCGUCGUCCACAGCGGCGGCUGCCACUGUAGGCGCGUGCGGUGGGAGGCGGAGGCGCCGGCGAGCGUUGCGGCGGGCACCUGCAACUGCUCCAACUGCGCCAUGCGUGGGAUCACCUACUUCACGGUGCCCAACGACAGGUUCAGGCUCCGGGACGGCUCCGAGGAGUUCCUCACCACCUACACCUUCGGCACCGGCACGGCCAAGCACAUCUUCUGCAAGGUGUGCGGGAUCACGUCCUUCUACAAGCAGCGGGGGAACCCCGGCGAGGUCGCGCUCUCCGUGAACUGCAUCGACGCCGGCACCAUCGCGCACGUCGAGGUCACGGAGUUCGACGGCAAGAAUUGGGGGUACUAGUCUCCUACCGAAGUCUUCCCAGAACAUGGGAAUGCCGUUGUUUCUGAUAGAAUGAUACUAUCUUAGUUGGAGUGCUAUUUCGUAAUUCUGACUCUAUGGAAAAAUCAGAGGAUCGUUUUGUGUACUUAAAUUUGUCCUUUUAGAACAAAGACCAGUGAAGCCUUCUUUAUUAUAAAUAAAUUCAUGUAUGUUCUUAUAA